AUGGCCUCCACCACUGUCGAACGCCUCGCGAGGCUCCUUGCCGUUGCAGGUUGCUGCUGCCUCUUUGUGCUGGCUCAAGCCACGGACGAUGGCGGCGGAGUCGGGAUGCGAAGUGAGGAGCUUCUGGGUCUCUUCGAGGUGUUGGGUGCUCUCCUGAACGACCCAAGCUGGGCGCAGCUCCACCCACGCCCUUGCACCGAGACGCCGUGGCUGGGGAUCCAAUGCGAGAUGGUGCUCGGUGAUGGAGUUCAGGGACGGCAGCAGGAUCCUUAUCUUCAUGUCACAAAGAUUCACAUCGGCCCCGACGUCGCUUCACCGCCAUGUAAGGCCUCUGCAAAGCUCUCCGAGUCCAUGCUCAAGCUCCCUUACCUCAAGUCCCUCUCACUCUUCGGCUGCUUCCUCGUCCCGGACACGGUCUCCCUCUCUCCAUCUCUCUUCGCCAAUGCCUCCUCCUCCUUAGAGCAGCUGGUCAUCAAGUCCAACCCGGGCCUCUCCGGAGCCAUCCCACAGACCAUAGGCAGACUGCAGAACCUGAGAGUUCUCAGCCUCUCACAGAACGACCUACAUGGAGAAAUCCCAAAGGAGGUGGGAGAACUUGGGAAGCUGGAGCAGUUGGACCUCAGCUACAACCAUCUCACUGGCAUCAUCCCUGUGGGCAUUGGUGGGUUGGCUAGUUUGUCCAUCUUAGACCUCAGCUGGAACGGGCUGGAAGGGGAGAUCCCUUGGUCGGUAGGUCAGCUCCAGUCCCUCCGAAAGAUGGACCUUAGCUUCAACAAAAUCUCUGGUAGGAUUCCAACAGAUGCAAGCAAGCUACAGAGUCUGAUCUUGCUGGAUCUGAGCCACAACUCCCUGACAGGGCCAAUGCCAGAUGCACUCUCGGAUCUGAGAGAACUGCAGUACUUUCUUUUAGAGCACAAUCCUAUAGGAACAAGCAUCCCUCUCUUUCUUGGUGCCCUUAAGAACAUGGUGGUGCUUGGUCUCUCAGGCUGCGGGCUCUCAGGUCCAAUACCCACGUUCUUUGGCUCUCUCACCAACCUCACCACCAUAUCCUUGGACAGGAACAGACUCAAUGGGACAAUCCCUGCCAGUUUAGAGGCAAUCCCAAACCUUGGUCAGCUCAACCUGAGCCAAAACCAGCUGAGUGGGGAGAUGGCUUUCUCUGAGGAGUUCGUGAGCAGACUUGGGGAGAGACUGGAUGUCAGGGACAACCAGGGACUAGGUCAUCAUGGCCCGAGUCUCCUCCACCGGAGUCCAGUGCUGUGA